CUGGCGCCUGCCUCGUGCGCACACACACACACACACACACACACACACACACACACACACACACACACACACACACACACACACACACACACACACACAGGAGCAAGUUCUUUCUGUCUGUAUGUCUGUGGGCUGAUGAUGGUGCAGAGAGUGACUCAGGAGGAUCCUCACCACAGGACCACCACCACUCACCGAGACCCAUGGAUGUAACCUGACUCUGUGUUCUGGGCCUUUUCCUGGUUGGGGAAGAGACAGGUCGUUUCUUUUCCAGGCAGGGAGGGGUGGAUGCCUUUUUGUGGGUUAGCAGUGUUGUGACUGUGUUUGUUGCAGGAUGGAAGGAAGACAGGAGGGAAGGUUUGGCUAGUGACUGGAGAGGGACGGAGGACAGAGGGUGACCUCCUCAUCAGACCAGGAUCAGGACCAUGGGAGAUAUGAAGACGCCCGACUUUGACGAUCUGCUGGCGGCUUUCGACAUCCCCGACAUGGUGGAUCCAAAACCUGCCAUUGAAUCUGGCCACUGUGACGAGCGCGACGGACAGCUCAAGCAACCCACUGGGGUGACUACUAAUGAAGACGAGGCCCACAACACCUCAAUAGGACACGACGUUGGCGUUAGUGUCAUUGUCAAGAACCUAAGAAAAACAGACAAUGGGGAACAUGGUGAAAUUGUAUCAGAAAGGGAUUUCCACUCCCAUUCUGUUGCAACUUGCAACAGACUUCAUAAUGGCUUCUUAACAGCUUUUCCUCAAAACACCAAGAAUGGAUUGAAAGCUCCCAGGGAGGAAGGACAGCCAGUUAACAACCAACCAUCCUCCUACAAUCAGUUCAGCCCCAUCUCCAGUGCUGAAGAGUUUGAUGAAGAUGAUAAAAUUGAGGUAGAUGACCCCAUGGACAAUCAGGAUGGUCAGACAUUAUUCAGGUCCUCUACUGAGGGAAAGGACCAGAAUUACAAAUCUCCCAUAUCAGUGGACAAUGUGUCUAAGCCCAGAGCAAACAAAGACCAAAAACCUGAUCAAAACAAUAACAACAAUAAUAACAAUAGUGUCAAAAUCGGAGAUUCGAAGUCUUACAAUAUCCGUCAGUCAAGUUUAUCCAAGGAGGAACUCAAGUCCCACAGUAAGGAGUGCCAGGAGUCCUCAGGACUUGUUAAUGUGUCCCCUACCCCCCAGGUCAAGGGUAAGUCCUCUACAAAACUGUCUUCUUGUAUAGCAGCCAUAGCAGCCCUCAGUGCCAAAAAGGCCAAUGAUACAGACUUAGGGGUUUUGGAUUCUCCCUCAACACAUAAAGAAACCAACAAGGUCAAUGAAAACCCUGCCGCUCCGGAAAGCCCACAGCAGAAUGAGUCAGCCCUAGAGUUUGCAAAGAGGCUGCUAACAAGACCACAAGACAGCCCCUCUAGUGUCACCAGUGAAGGUAGCCGCAAGGGUUCCCCUUCCUCAAGCAUAGACACAACCCCAGUCAUACCAAAGGUCAGGAUCAAAACAAUCAAGACCUCUUCUGGACAGAUCAAGCGCACUGUCACCCGCGUUCUCCCAGAGUUUGAUCCCGACGGCCUGAAAAAAGGAGAUAGUAGCAUAUCUGUCACACCAACUACCACUGCAAUUUUCUCAUCUCCAACGAGGCCGCCAACUACGGUUGUAGCCACUACUGGAGGACCAUCAAUUGAAAUAACCAAGCAAAUGACCAUUAAACCUGUUGCGACAGCUUUCCUGCCGGUAUCUGCAGUCAAGACAGCUGGUUCACAAGUCAUCAACCUUAAGCUUGCUAACAACACCACAAUCAAAGCAACAGUCAUUCCAGCUGCUUCAGUACAAAGUGCCAGCAGUGCCAUCUUGAAAGCUGCUAAAGUCCUCCAGCGAAAGACUGUCAUGGUACCUGCCUCCAGUCUGCCCAAUGCCAAACUUGUGCCAAAGACAGUCCAUCUUGGUAACUUCAACCUCCUGCCUCAGACUGUGACCUGUGACAUCAAACAGGUCCUGAUCUCCCCCAAGCAGAGCCAGAAACAAUCACAUGUCAAGCAGCAGAUAAUUCUUACUGGCCAGGCCUCAAAGAAAGUCUCCAGGAUUCAAGUUAUCUCUAGCACUCAAAGUUCUGUAGUGGACGCCUUUAAUAAAGUCUUAAGUAGCAUUAAUCCUGUCCCUGUGUAUGUUCCAAACCUAUCCCCGCCAACCGCAGCCGGAAUCUCUCUACCCUUACGUGGCUACAAGUGCCUGGAGUGUGGAGAUUCAUUUGCUCUGGAGAAGAGCCGGACACGGCACUACGAACGUCGCAGUGUGCGGAUCGAGGUCACCUGCAACCACUGUGCCAAAAGUCUAGUGUUCUACAACAAAUGCAGCCUCUUGUCUCAUGCCAGGGGCCACAAGGACAAGGGGGUUGUCAUGCAGUGCUCACAUCUAAUCCUAAAACCCAUCCCUGCAGACCAGAUGAUACCCACAUCAUUGUCAUCCGGCUCACCAAGCAUCACCGGUACCACCACCAUUUCCCAAGCCCAAGCACCCAAAAGUCAAAUUUCAGGGAAAGGCACUGUCAGUGGGUCCCAGACUGCAGUUAUUUCAGCUCCAUGCAGUGCUCCUUUUGUGGCAGCCAUGCCCUUGGAGGAUGAUGCAUCAAAGCUCUGCAGGACCAUCCUACAGUGCAUGGAGUGCAAUGAAGUGUUCAAAGAUGACAGUUUGCUAGCCAUGCACUAUCAACAGGCACCAGAGUCCAGUGGACAGAAAACCUGCACUGUUUGCACAAUUCUUCUGCCAAAUCAGUGCAGCUUUCAGUCACACCAGCGGAUCCACCAGCACAAGUCUCCUUACAUCUGUCCUGAGUGUGGCGCCAGCUGCCGAUCUGUCCACUUCCAGUCGCACAUUACCAAGAACUGCUUACAUUACACCCGCAGAGUCGGCUACCGCUGCCAUCACUGCAGUGUGAUCUUCGCCGAUGUUGGAAUGCUGAAGUCCCACAUCCAGAGCGCUCACUGUGAGACCUUCUACAAAUGUGCUCUCUGCCCCAUGGCCUUCAAGACUGCGCCUGGCACACAUUCCCACGCAUAUAUACAGCAUCCAGGAGUGAAGGCUGGAGAGCCCAAGUUGAUCUACAAGUGCUCCAUGUGUGACACUGUGUUCACUCAGCAGUCCCUGCUCUGCGCACAUUUCGACCAGCAUGUUGUCAAUUAUAAAGUCUCAGUGUUCAAAUGCCCUGACUGCUCCUUGCACUAUGCACAGAAACAGCUCAUGUUGGACCAUAUCAAAGCCAUUCAUGGAACACUGAAGACAAUCAAGGUUCAGGCCAACUUGGGCAUCAACCUUCCUCUAACCAUCAAGCCCACCAAUUCUUAUAACAGCACUAUCACCAACGGCCCCAGCAAUAACAAAAACAAAGAUGGAGGAAAUGUUAAUCGUCAAGACAAGGGAGAAAAGAAACCUUCACGUUCGCCACAAAAGAAAAGCAACAGUAAAUCCUCAGCAGGUCUCAAGAGCCCUCCAAGCUCAAGAUACACAUGUGGGGAAUGCAGUACCCUCUUCAGUUCCAGGGAGGUCUUUGUGGCUCAUAUGAGGCAUGAACAUGGCAAGAUCUUGAAGAAGCACCCAUGUCGACAGUGUGACAAGUCCUUCAGCUCCUCCCACAGUCUCUGUCGACACAACCGUCUCAAACACAAGGGGCUGCGGAAAGUCUACACAUGCCCUCACUGUCCAGCUCUCAGUCAGACCUUCACUAAAAGAGUGCUGUUGGAUCAGCACAUUCAGAUGAUGCAUGGCAUCAAAGAACCAGAGGGGAAGACCGUCCGCUCUGAGAAUGUGGAGGAAUUACCUGACAAGGAAACGACCCCCAGCCCAAAGAGGAAGCCAGAGGAGGAUGAGGGAUUGCCAGGUUUGAGCUCCAGGGGAUCAGACUCACAGCUUCUGAAAAGGCUCAAAGUGAACAUCCCCAAAGUUCAAAAGUGUGCGGCUUGUGGCUUCACCUCAGAGGACAUCGCAGCUUUCCAUAAACACAUUCCCCAGCACAAGUCUGAUGGCUCAUCCUACCAGUGUCAGGAGUGCGGCCUGUGCUACACCUCCAACCGUUCACUGUCCCGACACCUCUUCAUCGUUCAUCGGCUGAAGGAGCAGCACGGCCUCGCCCGAUGCAACGGACGGACCAGGGAUGAUGAUGAGAGUCAGAGGGAGAACAAGUUGGACGUUACGGACGAGAACAACGAUGGGAAACCCAACACCAAAUGCAAAGUGUGUGGGAAGAUGUUUGAAACUGAGGGAAACCUAACCACUCACAUGAGGACACAUGGAAUGGCCUUUAUCAAGUCUAAGAGACUGAGUGCAGCUGAGAAGUGAGAAAAACUCACUUUUUAACAUUGCAAACAACAUACAAUGGACAUUGGUGAUUAUGCUGUAUAUAGUGUACACAAUAAAUACUACAUCAUGUAUACAAUAUACUCACAGAAAUAUGUAAUACAUGUUGAAGUCAGUGUCUUUAAGUAAACGGAACAAGAUACUUUAUAGACCUUGAGUAGGCCUUUUUAUAGAGGAGCUUUUUAUUUUAAACAGUUUCCUUGGAUUAGAUGAUGUAUGGAUAUAUUAGUGUAAUAUGGGACUAAUCCUCAAAGACUGUGAGACUUUGUAAGAUGAUGUUUCAUGGCUGUCUUAGUACACUAUGAAUGGCAGCUCAUUGAGAUUCCAACUUGACUUAAAACAUUUUUUUAUGUACCUGAAUAUUUAAAGUAUAGGACACAAAACACUCACGUGUCUUUUAAACAGCAGUCAAUCCACAAAUUAAUUCACCUAUCAAUAUAGCACAAUAAAAACAAGAAAGGCAUUCAGUAAAAAUAAUUCAGUUCCUGUGAAUUUAAUCAAGGUGCAUCAAAUCACACACUCUCAUAAUUAUAGUUCAUUAAAUUCCCUAACCCUAACCCUGGGAAAUUUGCUAAAAAGAGCCAUAGCAUAUCUAUUUUUCACAUUUUCUCUUGAAGCUUCUUCAGUUUGUGGUUUAUUGUGAAAUCAUAAUGAAUGUUGAUAUUACAGAACAGUAUCUAUGUGAAGGAAUGUAAACUUGGCUGUGACACUCAUAAAAUCAAACCAAUGAAAACACAAUUGAAAUUUGUGUGAAAACUAUCUACAGCUGGACUUUCAGGUCUCAUCAUCAUCUUCAUCACUCUGUUUUGAAAAGUAAUUUUUCUACUCCAAAAAUAAGACAAGUUGUUUUCACCUGAGAAUCAGUCUGUGAAUUGUUUAUGGGUAGAAAGUGUUUGCAUCUGCUGCUGCCGCUGUUUAUAGACAUUUCUGAUGCUUGUGUACAAUGUUGUUAUUUGUGUCAAUAAAUGAUGAAACCUG